CUUAUAGAAAUCAUGGAAUGAUAUAAAUAUUACCCUAGUUUUAGACAGAAGAGCAUCAUCCAUCAGUUUUACACUUCCAAUCAAACCUGAAUUUCUUCGUCUUCUGUGCUUCAUGAAGAAUUUUACCAAGGCAGUGAACAUUACUGGUUUCCAGCACUUAAGGUCAACUGUGUGGCUGUGGAAGCUCGACAACAAAUUUAAGAAAAUGCGAGUAAAGCCAGUUCUGGGAAAAGUCAUUCUCAUGCUUUGCAUUGCAAUCUUUCUGGCAGGAUCACUUUUUACUAGCCGGACAUCAAUUCACUCUUCAGAGAAACUGAUGAGUACAGUUACACAUGAUCAUGAUCAUAUUCGCAAAUUGGCAGAAGGUAGUUCAGGAGGAGACAUUAUAGGAGAAGUAACCAAGACGCCUGAUACCAUCCAAUUGCUCGACAAAACAAUAUCAACAUUAGAAAUGGAACUGGAAGCAGCUCAGACGGGAAAAUCAGGCAGCCAUCUUUCAUCACAAAGGGUACCAUCAUCAUCUUCUAAUCAUGACAGUAACAGUAGUAGUAGUAGUCUACAGGAGAAAGCAUUUGUGGUCAUUGGAAUUAAUACUGCUUUUAGCAGCAAGAAACGGCGAGACUCCCUUCGUGAAACAUGGAUGCCUAGAGGGGACAAGCUACAGAAAUUGGAGAAAGAGAAAGGGAUCAUAAUACGAUUUGUGAUAGGAUACAGUGCCACACGGGGAGGAGUACUAGAUCAAGCGAUCGAUGUAGAGGAGGCUGAGAACAAAGAUUUUCUUCGACUCAAUCAUGUUGAGGGCUACCAUGAGCUCUCCACCAAGACUCGAAUGUAUUUCUCCACAGCUGUCUCACUCUGGGAUGCAGAAUUCUAUGUUAAGGUGGACGAUGAUGUCCACCUCAAUUUGGGUAUGCUAGUGAGUACACUGGAACGGUACCAAUCCAAACCCAGGAUCUACAUUGGGUGCAUGAAGUCUGGACCAGUUCUCUUUCAGAAGGAGCUAAAAUAUCAUGAACCAGAGUUUUGGAAGUUUGGAGAAGAGGGGAACAAGUACUUUAGACAUGCCACCGGUCAAAUUUAUGCCAUAUCCAACGACCUUGCAACUUACAUCUCUAUCAACUCGGCCAUAUUGCAUAGAUAUGCAAAUGAGGAUGUUUCUUUGGGAUCAUGGCUCAUUGGCUUGGAGGUUGAACAUGUUGAUGACCGUUCUAUGUGCUGUGGAACUCCACCAGAUUGUGAAUGGCAGAAACAAACAGGAAAUGUAUGUGUGGCAUCGUUCGAUUGGUCUUGCAGUGGAAUAUGCAAAUCCGUGGAGAGAAUGAAAACAGUUCACAAUAAUUGUGGAGAAGAAGAUGGAGCUGUUUGGGAAGUUGACCACUAAAUGUCACAAUAUCACAUUAUAUUACAAGACAAAGAGAGCGAGAAGGCCACCAAGGAGAGAAAACGAAGUUGAAGCCUCAAGAUAACUAGCUCUAGUUCUUAGAAGCCUUUUUAAAAUGGAGUUUGCUUACCAUUCUCUCUAUGUUAAUUUUAGACAUUAUCAAAGAUGAGUCAUGGAAUAAAGUUUGGAGGAUUAAUAUAGCUUCAGUUUGUGUUGCGUUUGAGAUGGUUUCUAAACCUA